AUCAAUUAGCGUUGUAUUUUAUUCUUACAGUGUGUGACUGCUUAUACUUAAGUAAAUUAAUAGUAUUAUCAUUAUUAAAAAGUAAAAAUUUUAAAUAAAAUAAAUUGAAUUUUAUGUUACCUAUUAUAUAAGUAACUUUUGUUGUAUUAUCAUUGGUUUAAUAAUGGAUAUUUCUAAUAAUUCUCAAUAUUUUUCUACACAAAAUCCUUCUUAUGUGUAUACAAUUGGAGGAGUUAAAGUUGAUAUGCCAGUAAAACCUUAUCCUUCUCAAGUGUCAAUGAUGGACAAAGUUAUACGUGGUUGCCAAAAGCAGCAAAAUUGUCUUUUGGAAAGCCCUACAGGUUCUGGAAAAACACUAGCGCUGUUAUGUUCUGCAUUAUCUUGGCAAAAAGCUGAAAAAGAACGUAUCGAUAAAAUAGCUGAAGAAGAGUUUCAAGCAAAAUUAACAGAAUGGAUGCAGAAAGAACAAGAAGUCAAACAACCAAAAGAAAAAAAAAGGAAAAUGCUAAAAGAAAAAACUACAGUUUUUCAGAAGUCACCAGUUAAAGUUCAUGAAACAAUUACUCUGAGUGAUGGCGAUUCAGAUGAAGAAAUGGCUAUUUUCAAACAACCUGGUAAAAAAAGAAAGAUAAAUAAUGAGUCAAUGAACUCAUCAAAAAAUGACUCAAUUAUGACCAAUGAUGAUAGUGCUAACAAUAGUUUGAUGACCGAAGAUGAUGAAGAACCGGAGGUUUCAAAAAGUGGUCCCCCCAAAAAAAUCAAACCAAAAAUUCCUGUUAUAUUUUUUUGUACAAGAACUCAUAAACAAAUCUCUCAAGUUGUGAAAGAAUUAAAAAGAACAAACUUCACAGAAGUCAAGAGUUGUGUAUUGGCUAGUCGCGAGCACAUGUGCAUUCAAGACAUCAACGUUCUAGCACCUCAAGUAAAAUUUAAAUCAAAAACUGAAAUGUGUAGAGAAUUAAUAGAUCCUAAAGCAAGAAUGAGAAAUUCUAUGAAAUUAAAAAGGCCUGUCGACAAAUGUUGUUUUCAUGAUAAUGGUGGUGUUAAAUUAAGUAACUAUAACCAACUGAGUUCGUUCGGUUUGUCUUCCGUAUGGGAUGUUGAAGAAUUAGUUCAAAUGGGUGAAAAACGUAAUUCGUGUCCUUAUUACGGCUCUCGUUUGUUAAUGAAACAUGCUGACAUAAUUUUCUGUCCUUAUAACUAUAUUAUUGAUCCUACUAUUAGGAAGACUAUAAAUGCGAAUCUCAAUGGUCAUGUACUUAUUGUAGACGAAGCUCACAAUAUUGAAGAUCAGUGUCGAGAUGCCGCUAGUCUUCAAUUGGACCAAACAAAUCUAAAUUUGGCGAAAAUGGACUGUGAAAAAAUGUCUCGUCUGGGUUCCAACUCAUCAGAGUACGGUGCACUGGCCCAAUAUUUAUCUGAUCUUUCAAUAUGGAUCGAUAAAAAGUCGGCCGAAGUUAAAUCAUAUGAUGACUACAACAGAGGUGUUAUUUCAUGGUCUGGCAUUUAUACCGUAGCAAGUUUUAAUGAAUUUGGUUUAGGAUUGGAUACUUUUGAGAAAUUUAAAGUGAAUUGCCAAACUGUUUUAAGCGAAACUACGGAUGGGGAACAAAUAGAAGUAAAGUCACCAGAGAAGACGGAUAGCGUAAAGAAAAAACAAGAAGACAUGGAAAUUUCCAAUGCCACCAAACAAUUAUUAGGAUCUAUUAUUACAACUUUUGAAUUUCUUUUUGACGAAAAAUAUAAAAAUGACUAUCAUGUUUCUUUGGAAAAAGUGAUGCAAGUGAAAAAGUAUGAAUACAAUGAUUCUCCAUUGACUGUCGAUGGUUGGAUUAAUGAUUCUAAAGAAAGCAGAAAAGACUCACGCACCAUAUGGGUGAACAUAAUUAGUUUUUUAUGCUUGAAUCCAGGGGCAGUCUUCGAGGAUUUAAAAAUUUCUAUGCGAAGCAUAAUCCUCACCUCAGGUACUUUGUCACCAAUGGACUCUUUCCAGUCAGAACUGGGAACUCAGUUUCCAAUAGCAUUGGAAGCCAAUCAUGUUAUUAAAUCUGACCAGUGUUGGGUGACCUCUGUAAGUACUGGGCCUAAUCAAAUAGAUUUAAAUGGACAACAUCAAAAUACCAACACAUUCGCAUUUCAAGAUGAAAUGGGGCGAGUGUUAAAAAAUGUUUGUGAAACGGUCCCUUAUGGAGUGUUGUGUUUUAUGCCUUCAUAUGUGCUUAUGGAUAAACUUUAUGAAAGGUGGCAACUUACUGGAAUGCUGAAAGAAAUCAGUAAUAUAAAACUAGUGUUACGAGAACCUCGACGUGGAGAUGAAUUAGAAGGGCUCAUGUACAAGUAUUACAAUGUUAUUAAAGGAGCUCAAUCUGGCACCAGUGGCCGUCUUACGGGUGCUCUAUUUAUGGCAGUUUAUAGAGGUAAAAUCAGUGAAGGACUUGACUUUUCUGACAACAAUGCUAGAGCUGUUGUUGCCGUUGGUAUACCAUUUCCUAAUUACAAAGAAGUAGCUGUUUCUCACAAAAAAGAGUACAAUAAUAGACAUUACAAAGAAAAAGGAUUAUUAAAUGGCUGGCAGUGGUAUGAAAUCCAGGCAUACAGAGCUCUAAACCAGGCUCUAGGUCGAUGUAUCAGACACAGAGACGAUUGGGGUGCCAUAUUAUUAGUAGACAGCCGAUAUGCAGAGCAGAAACGUACAGCUGGCUUAUCUAAAUGGAUCAGAUCAAGGGUGGAACGUCCAGAGUCGUGGUCAACAGUUAUUGAUAGACUUAAAUUCUUUAUAGAGUCUAGACAGAAUGAUGACUGAUAAAUUACUCUUUGUCAUCUAUUUUCAUUUACCAUCAUUAAAUAGUACAAAUUACAUUUUGAUUUUCCUCUUAUUUGUUAUAAAUUACAUUUUUUUUGGUUUGUGUAAAUUAUUAAAAUUUGUAUUAUUAUCGACUUUAUUUAAAGUUUAAAAGAUGUGCAGUUAUUCAUUUUCUUAAAUAUUUAUAAAAAACAUAAAAA